AUGGCAUUCAGUCCCUGGCAGAUGUUGUCACCCGUCCAGUGGGCAAAAUGGACCUGGUCAGCGGUGAGAGGCGGAGCAGGAGAAGAGGGCACUGAGGAUGAGGAUGACCAUGGACAGGAGUCUGGCUCUGACUCUGAGGGAAACUUUGACACGCCUGAAGCAGAAACUCCAAUCUCAUCUCCAUUGAAGGAGCCAAUACGAGAAAGUGAUAAAGUUGUCACAGAACUCUUAUCAGACUUAACGUUAAAUGAUAAUAACAAUCUAUUAACUGAUGGUACUUUGGAAACAAACCUUGGUAGGAAGACAACCAGUGACUUGGCUCUAGACAAUAGUCUAGAUGUUUCUGAGGUAAGCGCUGUGGAUUCUAUUACCAGGAUUUCAGUUGGAGAUGUUAAAGAGUCCCCCGCUGAAAAUACUGUGGUCCAGCCUCCAGAAGAUUUGUCUGUAGAUAAUGCUUUUUCAGCACGAGACGACCAAGGCAAUGACACGGGACCUCAGCAGAAGUUAAUAGAUAAAGAAAGUUUGAAGGAUGUUGGUAAAGAUUUCCUCAAUAACAAUGGCCUUCAGACAGAUAAUGCAACAUCAGUGGAUACUUCUGAAAGAGAUAUUAACAAUCAGGACUCUCUAAUGGAAACAAAUGACAAUAUCAAGAAAGAUUCCCCAAGGAGAGUCCGAAAACCUGUGAGUAAACUUCCAUCCAGGAUACAAAAGGAAAGUUCCAACAGGACAAACAAAGCUGGGCAGCAGGAGAAGAACCUGGAGAUGAAUGCAGAUUUAGAUGACCUUCCCCUCCCCAAAUCAUCCUAUAACUUUGAUUCCAGCCAGUGGGAAGACCCCAACUUCAACCCUUUUGGAGGACAGUCAGCCUUGUCUUCAUCUCCUACCGUUACAAAAGCACCUUGUGGAUUCAACAAAGAUCUAAGUGAUGGCCCCCUCGAUCAUCCUAAGCUAUGUAAGACCCUCUCAGGUUCAGAAACUGAUCUUGUCCAGGAAACUAGACCAAGGAGAGGAUCAGGUAGUCCAAGAUCUUCGCCAAAGUUGGGUAGAUCCCGUCUAAUAACGACUUCUGAGCAAGUGAAAUUUCUCUGUUUCCUCUUGAACAGCUGCAAAGUGCAGAAUUAUGAGGGAUCCUCUCUGGUUCUGGAUGUCUGUAAUCAGCAAGAAGACGAUUCUCCUAGCAUUGAGAAGCGAGAGGGUCAUGCUACGGAUGAGGAGAAACUAGCAUCAGCUCCAGCGACCAAGCAGACAGACACUGGGGUCAAAGGUCACAAUGAGGAAGAACAGGAGUUUUUUGAGUGUCCCAAUGAGUCCGCAUCAGGCCCCGGAAAGUCAUCAUCUGCAGGGGACAAUAACCCUACCUCCCAUAGAAGCAGCUCGGUCAGCUUAGAAAGUCAGAACCCUGUGGAUGCCAUCUAUCUGAGGGAUCGGGCAGCUGUACUCACUCUUAUUAGAGAGGAGAUUAUAAUGAAGGAGCUUGAAGUGAAGGGACUGGCAAGCACGCUACGAGCAGAGUCACACAGAGGUGCUGGAAAUGAGAAAGAUCGUUGCAGAGUAUGAAAAAACCAUCGCACAGAUGAUCGAGGAUGAGCAGAGGAGUAGUGCGAGUGCUCAGAAGAGCCUACAACAAGUGACUCGAGAGAAAGACCAAGCCCUGGCUGAUCUGAACUCGGUGGAGAGAUCUCUGUCUGACCUUUUCAGAAGAUAUGAGAAUCUGAAAGGUGUCCUAGAAGGUUUCAAGAAGAAUGAAGAGGCUCUGAAGAAAUGUGCCCAGGAUUAUUUAGCCCGGGUGAAGCAGGAGGAGCAGAGGUACCAGGCCCUGAAAAUGCACGCAGAGGAAAAGCUGAACAAAGCCAAUGAGGAAAUCGCCCAGGUGCGGACCAAGGCCAAUGCUGAGGGUGCAGCGCUGUCAGCCAGUCUGAGAAAAGAGCAGAUGAAAGUGGAGUCCUUGGAAAGAGCACUGCAGCAGAAGAACCAGGAAAUAGAAGAACUGACCAAGAUCUGUGAUGAGCUGAUUGCCAAAAUGGGGAAGAAUGACUGA